AUGGCUUGUGCAUUGACUCCCUCUCUGCAUGGUCGGCGGAGCGAGAACGACAGCAAGAACGACGGCGCCAAGGCAGAACAACAACGCGCCGAGGCAGCAGAGAGAGAUCGACAACAAGAACGACGGCGCGCCGAGGCAAAACAACUGCGUGCCGACGAGGCAGAGCAACAGACCAAACCUACAUCGCUCGACGAAUACAUCGCUGCCUGUCAUACUCUCGUUUACAGCAAAUUGACCGUCGAAACCGACCGUCGACUGACUUCCAAGGGUUUCAUCACAAAUCCACGCCACAAGUGGUGCCCGACCAAUCUCCAGCCGUGGCCCGACUUCCUGCAGCAACAGCGCAUCGUCUUCGGCACACUCUACGACACUUUUCCCUCCGAUAGGCGCUGUUUCGAGAGCCGAUCGUUCCUGUCUGGUUUGGGGAGCAGGAUCGCGAGACGCAAAAUCACCGACGAGAAGGCCCUCGAGCCCUUCCUGCACAACAGCGUCGAGCACCCUGUUCGAGCGAUCAUGGACGAACUCAAGAAGGUGAGAGAAGUAAAAAGCGCCUUCAAUCUGGGAAACGGUAUCGUCUUCGAGAACCACCCGCAUGCGAUCAGUGACACGGCCGAGGAGGUCGUUGACCGCAACAUCUGCGUCUACCGCUCCGAAACUGCCGGUUUGGAAAGUCGCACGAUGCUCUACGUUUCCGAAUACAAGCCCCCGCAUAAACUUACCGCGCCGCAUCUUCGCCUCGGUUUGCGCCCGAUGAACAUAUACAAGGAGGUGAUCAACCGAAAAACGAUCCCCACGUCAGUCGACCCAGAUGCCCGGCUCCAGUAUAAUGCAGAGAGACUCACGGCCGCCGCCAUCACACAAACCUAUCACUACAUGAUCGAAGGCGGACUCGAGCACGGCCUGCUCACGACGGGCGAGGCAAUCGUCUUCUUGAUGAUUAACUGGCGCGGGCCUGAGACACUCUUCUAUCAUCUUGCAGAGCCGUCUGCGGAGGCGGCAGUCGCCCAGUAUCUGGCCUUCAGUCUGAUUGCUCUGAGUAUGCCAGACGAACGAUCGCCACAUGGGCAAGAUGAGCGGCGCGAAGCUAUGGACAAUCUGAAGACGUGGGCGGAAGACUUCGAGACGACGCUGCGGUCCGUUCCAGAUGGUGAAAGGCAGCCACCGGAGAGCUCGCCGGGAUAG